AUGAACCUACUGCUCCCUAUUUUUCUCAUUCUACCGGUACUGGCACGGCCUCAAGAUCAACUAGAAUGUCCUUCUGGAUACACAUUGGUUAUCGACAAGUGCCUGAUGGUCAUCAAAACCCCGAUGCGUCAUUUGGAAGCAGAAUCUGCGUGCACUUAUAAUGGAGGCACACUGGUUAAUAUCCGUGACGCGAUAACAAACCGUGCCGUCACCCAAUUUGCUGCCACCGCUGGUAUCGACAAAACGUGGAUUGGUCUGUUCUGUUUUGAGAAUAAAAACACAUCGAUGUGCUACUACGAUGACAAUACUGGACCUAUCCUGGAUUACAAUAGUUUUGCAAGUGGAUAUCCAAUGGUUGAUGGUAUUUAUGGUGGGUGUGUAUACAUGCCAACAACGGGUUCUUUGGCUGGAAAAUGGGUCAGUGUGAAGUGUGAAGCAGAGAGUAUUCCGGUGAUGUGUGAAGUGCCAGUUUCAGUUUAUGACUCGAAUUGUGCUCACAAUUUCAACGGUAACUGCUACAUUCUUUCUUCUGAGUUGCCAAUCACAACAGCGAAAUUCGCGGACGCCAGAAAGAUCUGUCAGGAUAAGAAUUCAGAUCUUGUUUCAAUUCACUCAAAACGUGAAGUUGACUACAUCAAAAGUCUGUAUCGUGGAAGCAAAAGUCAGGUACUCAUAGGAGCUCAACAAAUCCUUCCAAACACUUAUACCUGGCUUGAUGGAUACGACUGGAAUACAUUCGACUACCGAGAUCCCCUCGAUCAGCAAAGAACAGAUUACAACUGUCUGACCAUGGACUCUGCAACUGGUUUAUGGAACAGAGCAAGCUGUGACUAUGAAUACGCAUUCCUCUGCAAGAGACCCAUCCAAUGGAGUACAGCCAAACCUCCGACUGAAGUAGUCCUGUCUCCUCAGAACCCAUCCGACUUCUCCAACUGCAACACCACUCUUCUAAUGACUCCUGGAACCAUCACCUCGUAUGGAUAUCUCAGUACAUCACCACCGGAACCAGCAGUAUACUGUACGUGGAGAAUCGUGACAACUGGACCAUAUCGGGUUAGACUCUCAUUCACUGACAUUAGUACUUAUAAUGAUAUUUAUGUGUAUAAUGAGGACGGAACAACAUUUGCUAGAGUUAGGUAUAGUCAGUCUGUAAUUUCCCCGUCUAACAUUGUUACUGUUGAUUUUCAAGCCACUGGAAGAGCCGGGUACAAAGGUUUUCGCGCUGUUGCUUUGGCGUAUUGA